GACCCAUAUGCCAUCCUCCGUGUCGAGCGAGGAGCCACCAGCUUCCAGAUCAAAGAGGCGUACCGCAGAAUGGCACUCAAGACGCAUCCAGACCACAACCGGAGCAGCCCGGAGGAGGCCGAGCGGCAGUUCAAAUCAGUGACAGAGGCUUAC